AAAGCUUUUACAAUCAAGGAAGAAGGCGUACAAGCAACCGCGCCUUCCAUCAAUUCCUCAAAAUAGGUCCUCUGUUUCCUGACAUAAAGAAGCAGGAACUAGGAUGUUUCAGAUUCUUCUGCUUCUAGGAUCAUUUUUGCUUCAUAAACAAGCAGCGCUAGCAGAUCUUCAGACUUGUUGCACACAAAGAUGUGGUGACGUUGCCAUUUCCUUUCCCUUCGGGAUUGGAAGUGGGUGUUUCCUCGAUGAGUGGUACGAGAUCGACUGCCAGAAUGACACUGUCCCGAUACUGAACAAGGCCAACUUGAGGGUGCUCGACCUUUUGCUACCUGAUAUCCGUGAGAAAAGGAACGGCAUGAUCAACGUCAGUCUUCCAAUAACCUACUCGUCAAAUGUGAGCUGCGGCAGCGAUGGAAGCUCCACACCUUUGAGCUUGAAAGGCAGCCAGUUUGUCUUCUCUGCUUCACAAAACGAAUUUGCUGCCGUCGGUUGCAAUAUACAUGCUCGGAUGGAUGACGCAGAGCCUAUUAACAUAACUUGCGGAAAAGACAACAGCACUGUUAGGAACGCCACUUGUUCAGGCAGUAACGGAUACUGUCAAACCAACAUUACCUCGGUUUUUCAGGCUUUCACCAUCGAUUUCCAGCCAUACAAUAAAACAGCAGGAGAAAAUGAAUGCAAUUAUGCCUUCUUGGGAGAUAAGUCGCUGUUCACGUCUUCGGUCAUGGACUUCAAUAAGUUGAGGGCGAGCGGGCAUUUCGCAGCUGUCCUAGAAUGGGGGAUAGCAAAUUCCUCAAAAACUGCGUUAGAGAUUUACAAAUACGGCUCCAUCUUCGACGCAUCCUACAACUGCAGUUCAGUCAGCUUCGAUUCUGCAUAUCCCAUGGCGAUGCCCUUUUUGCAGUGUGUUUGCAGCCCGGGCUUCUCUGGUAACCCCUAUAUAAAAGAUGAUUGCAAAGCUGGCAAAUAUAUAAGUCCGGCCUACUCCCCCAAACCCGACCUUCCUGCAAAAAGUCCGACCUCCUCCGCCAAAACUGACCUUCCUGCAAAAAGUCUGACCCCCUCCGCCAUACCUGACCUUGCUCCAACGAAGAAAAGUGGAACAAAGAAAAGUGCGUUUCUCGUCAAAGUGGGCGGGGCUGCCGGGGCAGGCAUUGGGGCACUACUCUUGUGUCUUUUCUCAUGGAGUUUGUACAAAUACAUCAAGAAGAGAAAAGAAACCAAGCUUAAAGAGAAGUACUUCAAAUGCAAUGGUGGUCUUUUGUUGGAAAGAGAGCUUUUGACACCAGAAGGCAAUGUUGAGAAAAGCAAAUUGUUCAACUUCAAAGAUUUAGGGAAGGCCACUGAUAAUUUCGAUAACAGUAGGAUACUUGGGCAAGGUGGACAGGGUAUUGUUUACAAAGGAAUGUUAACAGAUGGAAAAAUAGUUGCAAUUAAAAAAUCAAUGGCGAUAGACAAGAGAAAAAUCGAACAGUUCAUAAAUGAAGUCCUCAUUCUCUCACAAAUCAAUCACAGAAAUGUGGUUAAGUUAUUGGGGUGUUGCUUGGAAACAGAAGUUCCGCUUUUGGUAUAUGAGUUUAUACCAAAUGGGACUCUAUACCAAUAUUUACAUGACCCAAAUGUAGAGUCACCUAUAUCGUGGGACACACGCCUACGAAUUGCAACUGAAAUCGCAGGAGCCUUAUUCUACUUGCAUUCAGCAGCCUCUAUUCCCAUUUAUCAUCGAGACAUCAAGUCCACCAAUAUCCUCUUGGAUGAGAAGUAUCAUGCAAAAGUGGCAGAUUUUGGUACUUCCAAGUCUAUUUCCCUCGAUAAAACUCAUGUAACCACAUUAGUGCAGGGGACUUUCGGCUACCUAGAUCCUGAGUAUUUUCGAUCAAGCCAAUUUACAGACAAAAGCGAUGUGUAUAGCUUCGGAGUCGUCCUUGUUGAACUCUUAACAAGACAAAAGCCAAUCUCAUCCCAGAGGGAAGAAGAAGGAAGAAGCCUUGCAAUGUAUUUCAUAAUUUCGGUGGAAGAGAAUCGCUUGUUUGACAUUGUUGACGCUCAUGUGUUGAAAGAAGGUAAGAUGGGAGAGAUUGCAUCGGUUGCUAACCUUGCAAAGAGGUGCUUAGACCUAAACGGGAGGAACCGGCCUACAAUGAAAGAAGUGGCAAUGGAGUUGGAGGGGAUAAGGAAGACCCAAUAUCCUCCGGACAUACAGCAAAAUCAAGAGAACUGUGAGGCAACUGAAUCUCAUGAUGCUGUCUUUACAUCUAGCAACUCAAGCAUUGACACGAAUGUCUACAUUUUCGGGUGUGCAGACACUCUUUCCUAGGUAGACCUGGUGAAGAUUUGUUUUGCCCAUUGCUCUUAUGGAGCCAUAUUGCUCUGUUUGUCCUAUAUAGCGGUCUUCAAAGGAAAAAAGAAAGGAAGAAAGUGGGAUGAAGACUCGUUCGUUUACUAACAGCGGGACUUUGGUCAGUUAUUUAUGGGUUAUGUACUCAUUCUCGGUGU